CAAGCUUAACUCUCUCAACUCUCUCUCUCUCUCUCUCUCUUCAUUUUCUAAACCCUAAAUUCAACUACAAAUGGUUAUCUUCUCCAAAAUCGGUAUCAUCGGAGGCGGCAUUAGCGGCUUAGCUGCUGCUAAACAGCUCUCCAGUUACGAUCCGGUGGUCUUUGAGGCCACCGGUUCACUUGGAGGGGUCUGGAAGCACUGUUCUUUCAGGUCUACGAAACUCCAGACCCCUCGUUGCGAUUACGAGUUCUCCGACUAUCCUUGGCCGGAGAGAGACAAUUCAAGCUUCCCAUCCGCGGAGGAGAUAUUGGAAUACUUGUAUUCAUAUGCUAGGCACUUUGACUUGUUGAGGCUCGUCAUGUUCAACUCGAAGGUGGUGGAAAUCCAGUUUGUCGGUGACAAGAAAACCACUGAGUCUGAUCAUGGUGGUAAUCCGGGAGAGUUUGGGAGUCUGUUGCCAGGACAUCCGGUAUGGGAGGUCGCUGUUCGGACCGACCAGUCGGAGACUGUUCAGUGGUAUGCUUUUGAGUUUCUUGUGAUUUGCACUGGGAAAUAUGGCGAUGUUCCAAAAAUACCAGAAUUUCCACACAACAAAGGCCCUGAAAUCUUUAAGGGGCAGGUCUUGCAUUCCCUUGAUUAUUGCAAACUCGACAGAGAAGCUUCCACAAAACUACUCAAAGGAAAAAAGGUUGCAGUCAUUGGCUACAAGAAAUCAGCUAUUGAUCUUGCUUUUGAAUGUGCUGAAGCAAACCAAGGAUCAGAUGGGCAGACAUGCACCAUGGUGAUCAGGACCCUGCAUUGGACUGUUCCACAUUACUGGAUUUGGGGCUUACCCUUCUACAUGUUCUAUUCCACAAGAUCUUCUCAGUUCCUCCAUGAAAGACCCAACCAGAGCUUCCCUAGAAACUUCCUUUGCCGCCUAUUAUCUCCCGCGAGACAAGCUGUGUCGAAAAUCAUCGAGUCCUAUUUGGCUUGGAAGCUUCCACUGGACAAGUAUGGAUUGAGGCCAGACCACCCCUUUGAAGAAGACUAUGCAUCUUGCCAGAUGGCUAUUCUCCCUGAAAAUUUCUUCGCCGAGGCUGACAAAGGAAAGAUUGCAUUCAAAAAAGCAUCAAGAUGGUGGUUUUCAGAGAAAGGAAUUGAAUUUGAAGACAAUACCAAGUUGGAAGCUGAUGUUGUGAUCCUAGCAACCGGUUUUGAUGGUAAGGAAAAGCUCAAAGCCAUAAUCCCCGAGCCUUUUUGCAGUUUGAUUGAGUAUUACUCUGGCAUGAUGCCCUUGUACAGGGGCACGAUCCAUCCAUUGAUUCCCAACAUGGCAUUUGUCGGUUACAUUGAGAGUGUUUCGAAUCUGCACACUGCAGAGUUGAGGUGCAAAUGGCUGGCUCGACUUGUAAAUGAUCAUUUUAAGCUCCCAGCUGUGGAGAAGAUGCUUGAGCAAACAACUGAAGAGCUGGAAAUCAUGAAAAGAGCAACCCGCUUCUACAAGAGAAGCUGCAUUUCGACUUUCAGUAUCAACCACAGCGACGAAAUCUGCGAAGAGAUGGGAUGGACUUCUUGGAGGAAGAAGAGUUGGCUCGCCGAAGCAUUUAGCCCGUAUAACAGUCAAGAUUAUGAGGAGAAAAAUAAAUAAAUCUAUGACGCUACACUUCUGCCUUUAACUAUAUCUAUUUAAGUGAUUUCUUAUCAAGGGAAUAUCAGAAAAAUGAUAAGCGGAAAAAAUAAUUACAAAUCAAUGGAGUGCAGCUAGGUGCAAGUGAGAACUGUGUCAUUUUUGCACAAGUCUCACUCGUAUUCUAUUGAUUUGCAGUUACUUUUCUUGUUUUUCCAUCUUUUGAUAUUUCCUCUUUAUUAUUUAAUUUAAUAUCUUUUAUUGCAAAUUUAAAAAAGAAGAGCCAAUGUUUAUAGGAAGAAAUUGCUAGAUAUAUCAAUGCGUAGAAGCUAUAAAGACUUGUGCUUAAUCAAUGAAGCAUUUGUACUAUUGGAAAAUAAUUAAUGAGAAAUUUAUGUUUUCAUCAGAAGUAUAUACAUGGUUUGGUUCCUUAUUAGUGGCAGAAAAUUCCUAUGGGGCUUCACUGCUCGAUCUCACCCUCGCCCCCAUUCCUGGUUGUAACGUUA